GUCGGCUUUGAUCUCUUCUUCUAUUGCACAUGGAUCGGCUAUAUGAACUCUUUCAUGAAUCCAAUUAUCUACACCAUUUUCAACACAGAGUUUCGUCGCGCAUUUAAGGCGAUUCUCUUCGGCAAACCUGGGCAUGGCUUCCAUAAGCAGGUCCAUGUCUAA